AUGCCUUGGGGAGUGAAGGUGCGAUGUGGACCCACGAGAUCUGGAGAGAACAUCCCAGAAGAUUGGAGGACAAGUAUACUAGUGCCAGUGUAUAAACAGAAAAGCGAUGUAUUAGAAUGUGGGAACCACCGUGGUAUCAAGCUCUUGGAACACCUCUUGAAAGUUGAGGAAAAGAUCCUGGACGAGAAGAUCCGAGUAGUGGUGAAUAUAGGAAACAUGCAUGGACGAGCCAAUGCCAUAGAGCUGAAGGUGGCGCUCUCGUAUCAGACUGUUGAAAAAACACCAAGGGCUCCAUUAAGGCCAGGCCGCUCCGUGGACCGCAACUGA